UGUCGGUCGCCACAGACAGGCAGCAGUUUGACACCUCCGCUUCCCACAGACAGACCCGCUUCAAACAUUUCUAAAAGUGCAGGAGACUGACGGCAAUGGCGACCGGUGACAACCAGGCAACUUUGGAGUUAUUGUGCAGUCAGGCCACAGACCCAAACAAUCAGGAGGACCGAUGGGACUGCAUCCAGGGAUUCUAUGAGCUUGUGAACAAAGAGACUGAUGGCCCACAGGUAGCCAUCCGUCUUCUCGCUCAUAAGAUCCAGUCCCCACAGGAGAAAGAGGCUCUGCAGGCUCUCACUGUCCUGGAGGCAUGUAUGAAUAACUGCGGGAAGAGGUUUCACAGUGAGGCUGCCAAGUUUCGCUUUCUUAAUGAGCUCAUCAAGGUCUUACUACCAAAGUACUUUGGCACAUGGACUCCACAGAAAGUUAAAGACAGACUGACGGAGGUCCUUUAUGGCUGGACUCUUUGGCUUAAAGAAGAACCCAAGAUUCAGGAAGCCUACAGCAUGCUGAAGAAACAAGGUAUUGUGAAGAACGAUCCUAAACUUCCAGGCAAAGUAAUAAUGGCGCCUCCACCACAGAGAUCCGCAGAAUCUGUUUUUGACCAGCAGGAUAAGGCCACGCUAUUAGCCAGAUUACUGAAGAGUACCCGUCCUGAAGACCUGGAAACUGCCAACAGGCUCAUUAAAAGCACAGUGAAGGAGGAGCAGGAGAAGGCAGAGAAAACUUCAAAGCGUGAAUCUACACUAAAGGAGGUAGAGAGCAGCGCCAAACAGCUCAGAGAGAUGCUCGACCAGCACACAAUAACUGGGAGCUUGCAACAACCCAGUGAUGACAUGAAGGCCCUUUAUGAGCGCUGUGAUCAACUGAGGCCGAGUCUGUUCCGCCUGGCCAGCGACACCAUAAACGAUGACGCAGCUCUGGCACAGAUCCUGGCGGCUAAUGACGAUCUAACACUUGUUGUAAAUGCCUACAAAAAACAAGUGGAGAGGAAAGAGUUAACCUGUGGAAGAGAAAGAAGUCAAAGUGAGGAAGAUGAGGGGGCUAAAAAUAAUGUUCCAAAGAGCCCUAGAGAGAUAAAAAGUUACCACCUCAUCGACCUGUCAGCUCUGGACUCUCCACAGAACCGCAAGAAAGCUGAUUCACCUCUGUCCUUCAAAUCUUCUUCACCCAUUUUCUCCUCCACUCUUGAAUGUGAUUUCACCUCAGCAGCAGACCAGGACAUGAAUGAAUUAGAGUUAGAUAAUCAGGUCACAAAACAGACCUAUGACACUUCAAGGUCGUAUUCCGAAGAACUGAUGGAGCUUGAUAGAGAUUUUCAGAUGAAGAAUCCGGAGCAGAAUGGAAGAAGAGGAGGAGGCCUGGUGUUGAGAGCUCGUGGAUGUGGAGGGAACAGUACGGCAUUGAAUGGGACAAACCUGUGGUCACUUCCUUCCAAUCAACAGUUUCCAGGCUCAGGAUCACCGUCCAAGGUUCAGAAAACCAUUAAUGAAGUGUCGGGAUCUCCAGGGAAAGAAGAGGAGAGCGUGUGCCCCCCACACAUCCUGAAAAACAUCUUUGUUCCAGUGGAGACCAUCAAGCCCAGUCAUCUUGAACCGAUCACUUUGUACGAUCAGAACGGGAUCCACAUGGCUUUUCAUUUUGCUCAAGACUCUCCGCCGGGUCAUCCAGAUGUUGCUGUGGUGGUCAUCUCCACAGUGAACACAUCUGCCCUCGCUGUAAAGGACUUCCUGUUUCAAGCUGCUGUCCAAAAGACCAUGUCAGUGAAACUUCAGCCCACCUCAGGGACAAACCUUCCUCCUUACAAUCCUCUGCUGCCCCCUCCUGCCCUCUCCCAGGUCCUCCUGUUGGCUAAUCCUCACAGGCGGAAGCUGCGUCUACGAUACAAGUUGACUCUGAAACAAGGUGACCGCCUGCUUAAUAAGACCGGAGAGAUCGACAACUUUCCUGACUGGAUUUCUUUGACGGGCCAAUAAAACUUUCAUGGACUUGGAUUUUAAAGAAAAAGAAAACAUCCUCUGGACCCGGCCUGAAUAACAAACUGAAACUUUGAAAAUGUUUACAGAAAAAGAAAACUCAGUAAGAAGAUCGAGGAAUAACACGACUGCUGCAGUUGAUCCUCACAAGGUAACAAAGAUGGUAACAAAUAUGGAGUCCAUAUUUUCUUAUGGAUUUUUUGUAAUGCAUAAAAUAAAAUAAAGUUUGAGGUUGGAUUGGUACUUCCCUGAUGCACCUGAUUCAGGAGGUCAUCAUUUUGCUGUUACAUCCCUGCUCUUGCGAUUUCUGCCUCCUGCAUGUCGAGAAAGCUAAGUUUGAUUAAAAAAAAAAUUGCGCACUGUGUACGCUUUAGACAUAUUUCUGGCUAGAUGCCUGCCUAUGAAAGUUUGUAUUUAUUUUCUUUCUGUGCAAUGGUGACAUUCAGGGAGUGCCUUAAGAUAAAAGCUUAUUGGGUUUUUAGGAUGUUUUUUAAGAAUUAAGUCACUUUAAGAAGUGUGCAAGUGAUCCUUCUUCCUGCAUCUUAUCCCAUCUCCCUCAUCCUGUUUUUCAAGCCCCGGCACAGUUUCGGCAGAUGGGCUGUUCAUCAUGAGCCUGGGUUUGCCCAAGAUUUCUGCCUCUUAAAAGGAUGUUUUUUCUUGCCAUUGUAACAUUGUUAAAUGUUGCUAAGUGCUACUCUCAUGAUGGAUUAAUGCUGGGUCUUUGUAACAUGAGUAUGGUCUUUUACCUGUCUCGAGAGAACAUUGGUUAUGCAUUUGUGCUAUACGAAUGAUUGAUUGAUUGAUUGAUUGAUUGAUUGAUUGAUUUAUUGAAGUGAGAACCUUUAAAGGUUUGUAUUUGCUGCACUGAAUGCAAGUUCUUUUUUUCUGUUUGUAAAAUUUAAAAGAUAAAAAAAGGAG